GCUGACAGCAAUCUUUAUCUCUGCAUAGAAACUACAAUUUUCCUCUGGGACUGAAGCAACAAAGCUCGAGGGGAAAAAUGACUGUGUUCAGCACCAAUUUGUUUCAUGCUGUCAACGGCAAGGCAGGAGCAUAGGGAAGUCCCCUCUUCCCUCAGCCAAAGGUCCAGGAUGGAACAUUCCUGCUCGCUCCUUCUGCUCUGUGUUAGUUUUCUGUUUGCACAAGCUUUACCACCCAAUGGAACUGAACUGCCAAAACCAACAACAACAACAACAAACUCUACAGAGGAGAACAAUUUACACAAGGACCUACUGACUUCAAUGCUGAUUCUGCUCUUGGUCUUCAUCAUUUUCAUUCUGUUGGCUGGCUAUUUUUUCAGGUUCAGAAGACAUAGGAAAGCUGUUGUGAAUUCCGGGGACAAAAAGAUGCCAAAUGGGAUCUUAGAAGAACAAGAACAGCAACGAGUCAUGCUGCUCAGUAGGUCUCCCUCGGGCCCAAAGAAGUAUUUCCCUAUUCCAGUAGAAAAUCUUGAAGAGGAAAUUCGGAUGCGAUCAGCGGAUGAAGGGAAGCUCUUCCGGGAGGAGUUUAAUUCAUUAACACCUGGAUAUGUGCAGGGAACAUUUGAAAUGGCGAAUAAGGAAGAAAACAGGGAGAAAAACAGAUAUCCUAACAUCCUGCCAUAUGAUCAUUCCAGAGUGAUUUUGACCCAGAUCGAUGGAGUCCCACCUUCAGACUACAUUAAUGCAUCAUAUAUAGAUGGUUAUAAAGAAAAGAAUAAAUUCAUAGCAGCACAAGGACCGAAGCAAGAAACAGUUAAUGAUUUCUGGAGAAUGAUAUGGGAGCAGAAGUCGGCUGUUAUCGUCAUGUUAACCAACCUGAAAGAAAGAAAAGAGGAAAAAUGUUAUCAGUAUUGGCCUGACCAAGGGUGCUGGACUUAUGGAAAUAUCCGCGUGUCAGUGGAAGAUUGCAUAGUUCUGGUGGACUACACCAUCCGCAAGUUCUGCGUUCAGUCGCUUCAUGAUGGUUGUAAAGCUCCGAGGCUCGUUACGCAGCUUCACUUUACCAGCUGGCCUGAUUUUGGGGUGCCUUUCACACCUAUUGGGAUGCUGAAAUUCCUGAAAAAAGUCAAAACAUUGAAUCCUGCCCAUGCUGGACCAAUCGUGGUUCACUGUAGCGCUGGUGUGGGUCGCACAGGGACGUUUAUUGUUAUAGAUGCCAUAAUAGACAUGAUGCACGCGGAACAGAAAGUUGAUGUUUUUGAAUUUGUUUCAAGAAUCCGUAAUCAGCGUCCGCAGAUGGUUCAGACUGACAUGCAAUACUCCUUCAUUUAUCAAGCCUUACUUGAAUACUACCUCUACGGUGACACGGAGCUAGAUGUGUCAUCCUUAGAAAAACAUCUACAAACAUCACACAACGCGGCGCCAAACCUCGUCAAAAUAGGGCUAGAAGAAGAAUUUAAAAAGUUGACAAAUGUUCGAAUAAUGAAAGAAAACAUGAGAACUGGCAAUCUUCCAGCAAAUAUGAAGAAAGCUAGAGUCAUCCAGAUUAUCCCAUAUGAUUUUAAUAGAGUGAUUCUGUCGAUGAAAAGAGGGCAAGAGUAUACAGACUACAUCAAUGCUUCCUUCAUAGAUGGCUAUCGCCAGAAGGAUUACUUCAUUGCCACCCAGGGACCGCUUCCGCACACGGUGGAGGAUUUCUGGCGGAUGGUGUGGGAAUGGAAGUGCCACACCAUCGUUAUGCUCACAGAAGUUCAAGAGAGGGAGCAGGAAAAGUGCUGCCAGUACUGGCCAUCAGAGGGCUCUGUAACUCACGGAGAGAUAACCGUAGAAAUAAAGAAUGACAGUCUGUUAGAUGCCAUAAGCGUAAGGGACUUCAUAGUUACGUACAAUCAGGGUAACCAGGAGAAGCAAAGCAGGCUUGUUCGGCAGUUCCAUUUCCAUGGGUGGCCAGAAAUUGGGAUUCCUGCAGAAGGAAAAGGGAUGAUCGACCUGAUUGCGGCUGUCCAAAAGCAGCAGCAGCAAACAGGCAAUCACCCGAUUACUGUGCACUGCAGUGCUGGCGCUGGAAGAACAGGUACCUUCAUAGCACUCAGCAACAUUCUGGAACGAGUGAAGGCUGAAGGGCUCUUAGAUGUAUUUCAAGCUGUGAAGAGCUUAAGACUGCAAAGGCCACAUAUGGUGCAAACACUGGAACAAUAUGAAUUCUGCUACAGAGUGGUACAAGAUUUCAUCGACAUAUUUUCUGAUUAUGCUAAUUUCAAAUGAAAAUUCCUGCCUUAUUUUUUAAUUUGUCUGUAUAAAUAGUUGUAUAUUCUGUUAAUUUAUUCCAUGUCAUUUUGAUUGUUGACUUUACUGUAAAUAUGACCUUGUGUUUGCUCUAAAAGUUGCGUUUGCUGUAUAAAGUUAUUUCUUAAAUAUAAAUAUCUUCUAAAGCGAAGUAUAAUGUUCAUAUACAGUAUAUCACUAUAAGACGGUAUAGAAAUCUUUAUUCUAAAUAACAGUAAAUUAAUUCUUGAGGGUCUAUUUCUUUGAAUUUUUCCACUUAUAAAUAUUUAUCAAAAAUGUUAUCUCCCAAUUCUUGAAACUUUACGCAGGCAAUUUACAUUUCAUACUAAAAAAAAGUGAAUUGUGGUACAUAUGUUUAAACUAAACAUGUUUUCACCAUAAAGCUUUCUUCACUAUGAAAAUAGAUGUUUAUUUGGGGACACUUUCUGAUAACCUGCUCCUGCUUACUUGUAAUUUAUUUCACAAAUAGUCUCACUGAAGGCAAAGAGACUGUUCGAGUGAAGUGCUAUUAAUGAUGAAGGUAUCAGAAUGUGGCCCUUCAUGUGUAAUAAUGUACAGUCCAACUGAAAAAUAUAACUGCUUUUAAAGUCUGUUUUUAAGAACCUCCCGGUUGAUGGCAGUUCUAUUUUGAGUCUUACUGUCAAUAAGAUAUAAUCAGUAUAAAUACAGAUGUGAAUGUUUGAUUUAAUAUAGCUUUCAAAGUCCAUUUAUUUUGUUCUUUCCUAAAUAUUACACCAGCUUAAAUCAAUUUAGAAAGACAAUAAUGUGAGUUUACCACUAUUUUGAGAAUAUUUUGCAUAUCGGAAGAGUAUAUUUUGCAGCACCUGAACUUGUCUACUUGAAGAGGCUUUACAGCCAUUGUCAGAAAUGGAUUUAAAGCUUCUCUAUAUACACGUGCAUAAUUUUCCACUUCUUUGAGAAAAGGCAAGAGAGAUGAACUCUCAUUCUUUGAUUCGACUCCACAGAAUUAUUAACAGUAUUUGCUAAAAUUUUGAAAAAAAAACAAAAAACCCAUUUUACUAACAGUGUAAUGCUAGCAACAUGAAGUGUUGUAGCAAAAAGCUCCUCUGCGUUCUUACCCUCCCAUAUAUAUUAUCAAAAAAGGAAUGAUUCCUUUAUCUAAAGGGGUAUAUGGUUGUGUAUAUAGAUAUAUUUUUAAUGAAAGUACUACUGAUAAUACGAUUGGUGAAAUAAAGUUUAAAAGUCUUUAUCAUAGCCCUGAACAGGAUAUGCUUGGGGGUUAGAAAAUCCAAAAACCACAGGGCAUCCGAAUGUUGAAUAAUUAAAAAGUAUAUCUUUUCCACUCUUUAAAAUGCAUAUAUGAAUUAAUGAGCACAAAGUAUGCGAAUAUGUACUUUAAUUACAUAACUAUUAUGCAAUAGUUCUGUCUUGUCCAGUUGGUUGGGUUUUUUCAAUGCAAACAUAAAAGCCUUAUUUAAAAUAAGCAAUUUACACUGAUCAUUUCACUAUUGUUCUUGCACUAUUUUAUCCCAUGACCAUUUUUCAUUUCCGAUAGCAAAUAGCGUUAUGCUUUGUAACAAUGCAAGGGAACAGGAAGGUGUUCGUACCUCUCCUUUCAUUUCAUACUGAAUGCAAAAGGUGCAGUUUAGAAAUUCCUAAGCACACUGUUCUGAACACUGCCAUUUACUGCUUCUCGUCUUCCCAUCAAUGCACUUCUGUAUUUAUUUGUACAGUAAAUUAUGCACUUAAAAAAGAUUGUUUAAAGACUAAACCUUUGUUGUGAGUUGCUAUGAGAAGAUACACUCAAGCCGCAGAAAGUGUUGAGUAACGAAAACGAAUGCUAAGUAAGUUUACAUUACUACUGCAUGCUGAAAUUUUAUCAAAUUUUAAAAAGCCAUCAAAUAAAUUCAGUAUGGAAACCAAUACAGUGGGGUUUUCAGUAUGAUCAUUUGUAGCACAGGGAGACUCAGAGAGGUUAAAUGAUGAUAGAAAAUAAUGCAAAGAAAUUCCCACCGUUUUCCAAAGCCCCAUGUUUUAGGGUCCCAGUUAGAUCCCAGGGUCAGGAUCUUUAGCCUACAUUUGAAAAAUAAUUUGUCUGUUGGACAGCCUUUUGGGUCCCUUAAAUAAAAGCUUGGAUUAAGAGUUGCCUCGCAAAGCAAACCUGCUCCGUGCAGCGGCAACGCGGUGUGCUGUUAGCGGGGACCCACGGCCCCCCGACAGCGGCAGGAGCUGCAGCAGAGCUCCGGCUGCCCCGCGGGGUUUACUACGGGGGAUCGUUCCGCAGGGCACAGGCAGCUCUUCGUAGUUACAGCAAGUAGUGGGAUGGAGUAAAGCUGAAACGUCAAAUACUAAGUGGGUACUCGGAUUUUAGUUGCUAACUGUAUUAAGAGAUCUAGGGGGAAACAGAAAUACUUAUAUUUCAGAAGUCACAAAUAUAGCUACAUAAAGACUUUUUUUUAUAAUUUGAAAAGCUUGCUUUCCAGUUCUUGUGUUUAGUCAAGAGACUGCUCAUUGCAGCAGCCUAGUAACUGGGGAGCUGUACCUUGAUAUAGAUAUAUAUGAUUUUUCUUUCCGAUUUUCCUAUGUUGCAUGGAGUUACUUUAAAAUGCCAAAUAGUUGAUUAGAAGUUGUACAUUCUGAUCUGUAUGUGGUUUUGGUCACUAUGUGACUUGACUGUCUGUUUUCACGUGUAAAGAGAAGUUCCAGUUCACCUAAGCAUUUAAGCAUUAGCUUUAUGACAUCUCUAUUCCACAAAACAUUUAAGUACCAUAGGUUCUUUGUUCCUGAAGCAAUCCCUUAAGUGCUUUGCUGAAUUGGGCCUUAAAGAAGAAUGCAUACUGUAAUUACCAGUGUUUUUUAGGGUAUUUUUACGUAUCAGUUUUUUAAACUUUUAAAAUGAGCCUGACCACCUGUGUUCAGUAUUUUGAAAUGGUUUUCAUUUCCCUCGUACCAUUUUUAAUGUAAAGUUAUUGAAACUUUUCUGUAUAACCAAAUUGUAUUUAAUUUGUCAAAUCUUUAUAAUAUAUGUAUGUAUUAUACAGUUUCAGCUAUUAUUAUUUUCUUUUAUUACAUUUAUAAUUUGAUCUUGCUGUGUUUUUAAUGCCGGUGAAUGUUGCUGAAUUAUUUGUAUAUGCAAAUUGCAAGAUCUAAUACAUUCUGAUGCAAGAACAAAGCUUCGUUUUUAUUCUCAAACUGUAUUACUUCCUUUAAAUCUUUUAAUUUCAUUCCUGCACUGUGUGUUCAUUUGAAUUAAGUAUUCUAAAAGAGUUGAAAUCCAUUAUCGAGAUAAAUAAUUUUUCAGUACUUAUCUGCAGCUAUUUGGGAGUAAUAUUCUGAUUCAUGUCGGAACCGAAGCACUGUGCAUAUAAAGCGCAUAUAAACUCAUGCUAGCAGUUGAAAGGCCGGGUCCUCCCAAGCUGUAUUAAUAAGUAAGACCUGACAAUACAGAGCUUUGACAUGACUCGUAAGGGAAGGCUGCAAUGGGACGAGUAUCAGUUCGAUGAUGCAAAGCCUGACCCUGCAGCACCUCAACGACUGCUGUUCCUCCGGUACAUUCGUACAGCACCUAGCACCGUGGCUCUUUGCUCGAGCCCUUCCAGCCCUGCCGUCCAGCAAAGCGUCAGCGCGGGGCAGAGCUGCAAGAACCGGGGGGUCAUGCUCCCUUCGAGAGAGCCGGGGAGGAGCGGGGGAGCCCAGCGCCCUUUUGCAUCGCAGGCUGCUCGGCGGGGUGUAGGAGUGGGUCUCGGGCUCUGAGGGAGACGGGAUUUCACAAAAUGGGAGGGUUAGGGAGAGGGGAGAGAGCUCACUCGCAGCACGCGAAACCUUUCUGGUUUUUCGUGUGUAGGUUUUAAUAGUACUGUGGUACACUACGGUACCAUACCAAGAUAAAAAUAGUAGCUUAACUUUCAACUGUGUGUCACCCAUCAUUAACAGAAAGACCACUCUAGUUAACAGCAAUUAACAGGCUUUAUAUUGGACCUCGUGCCAAAAAUAAUCAGGAUGGCCCACUGUUGUCAUUCUGUAAACCAGGAGUAACUGUGCUGAAAGAUUGCAAUGCUAGUGUCGAGCUAAUAUCACGGAGAUUUGAAAAGAUUGAACGUUAUUUGUCAAGUAUGAUUUAAUGAAGCAACAUUUAUGUGUUUGACCCCUUUAGCCCUGUUUCAUCUGGUACCCCUGCCACCUGACAUUUGGGAGGUGCCUUUUCAGUGUAGGUAAUCUUCUGAUUAUUUUUUCCAAACUUGUUUGGAAGAACUUUCACUUUGCAUGUACUUUUUGUGCACUGUUCUAACAUUUAAGUGUUUGCAAUCGAUUGGUAAUCAUGCUGCUUUCAACACAAAUUGUGAAUCAUCCAGGAAUAACUGUAGCAACAUGUUUGGCAGUAGUAACUUAAGUGUUGCUUUCUAAAGACAGCAAGCACAUACAUCCUGAAGAGAUGUCUUUGCUUCAUCAAAAAGAUAGAUUUACUAAUCAAGAAUUUGCCUGCAGAGUUUUAAAUGCAGGGAUACACCACACUGAAAUACAGAGCCUUGAGGAUAUUAGUGUUCAGGAAAAUAUUGCUGUUUCUUACUGUGACACUAAAUAGUACCAAGUAAUCUUUUUCAUUAUGUGUAAAAGCUAUUAAUUUUUUUUUACAAUUCCAGAUGAGCUGAUAAAAUAUUUUGUGUGAUUGGAUCGUAUACUUUUAGCAGAUAUCAAGAUGCACAGCUUGUGAGCCCACUGAAAGUUAACUUUGUGUGAGAACAGACAGAUGCUUUUGUGUGGUUUCAGAAAAUAGAAGAAUCUUAAGUAUUAAUCAGUUAUUAAUUAAUAAUUUGUUAAUUUAAAUACUUAUCGAUAAUCAUAAUUAUUGAUAAUCGUAAUUAUUGAUUACUACAGAUCUGCACAAUUUCUAGUAUAAUAAGGUUCUGUCUAGCAGUAUAGUAGAAUCACCGUUUUUAGAUUAUUCAGGCUAAAUAACAGGGAUUACAAGCUACGUGACGAAGAAUGACUUUCUUCCUGUGUUCAUCUUAGUGUGCUUCUGUUGGUCUGUUUCUGUAUUAAAGAUCAACAAUAAAAAGCACCUUUGUUAACAUGCA